CCGAGCCUGGAGCGAUGGCGGCGGCCGCCUACGAGCUGCUGGUGCUGGGCGGCGGCUCCGGGGGGCUGGCGGGGGCCCGCCGGGCGGCCGAGCUCGGCGCCCGGGUGGCGCUGGUGGAGCCGCAGCGCCUCGGCGGCACCUGCGUGAGUCUCUUGCGGGUGGAUCCCCCACCCCGGGCGGGGAGGGACGCGGGGCCGGUGCCCCCUCGCUGGCCCCGGUGACUCGGGGAUGGUGGCGGGGCGACCGGGGAGGGUCGCGGUGCGGGAGGCGGGAGAGGAGGAAUCGCGCUGCCGGUGUCCGAGCGUUGUGCAAGGAUCUGCCUUGUCAGGCUGGAGCAGGACGGAUCCCAGUCCCCCGUCUCCACUGGUUUCUUCCUGGCUGUUUCCAAGCCGUUUUCAGGCGGGUGCCAGGGUGCCGAUGGAUCCUGGAUCUGUGUAGCACAGCUGCAAGGCAGUAAAGCAGAACUCAAGAGCGUGGUGAGCUGGUAAUGAGCCAAAAAACAAAUUGGUUCCUCAGACAAGCCAGGGCCAGGCUCUAAUUUUAUGCCCUAAAUGCAUUCUACUGGGAAAAUUACCAUAUUCCCAGAAGUGCAGGCAAGGGAUGGCAAACACCUUUCUGCUACUAAGUAAUUUUUAGAGUAUCAGUGGAAAAAACCCCUGGGUUUGAAGGCUCCACCUUCCAUAUUCUCUUUCAAGGAAGUGAAGGAAAACGGGCAAACCGCAAGACCUUGAGCCUCCCAGGGCGGUUACACCCCUCUUUUUCCAGGAACCCCUAAUCCUGCCUUUGUUUUCCUGAGCCACUGCUGGGAUGCAAUGCCAGCCCGAUGAGGGAUGCUCUCUGGAGCACUGCCUUGAGAAAACUGGGCCUUGACACUGAGACUUGCUCUUAUUCCCUCCAGGUCAAUGUUGGAUGUGUGCCAAAGAAGGUGAGGCUGUUCUGCCGCCGGCUCCGGUGGUGUGGGCUGGGUCUGGUGUGGCUGCCUGCCAAAUUUUAGCGAGGUGCUGGCACAGGGUGUGGGGAGGAAGCAGGGCCUCGGAGGGGAUUGAUGCCGUGGGCCCUCCGGGCAAAGGUGAUGUGGAACACGGCGGUCCACGCGGAGUUUGUCCACGAUCACGCUGACUAUGGCUUUGAGACUGCGGGGGUCAAGUUCAACUGGAGGACCAUCAAGGAGAAGCGUGACGCGUACGUGCGGCGCCUCAAUGACAUCUACGAGAACAAUGUGAAGAAGGCUCACAUUGACAUCAUCCGGGGCUAUGGCAAGUUCACCUCUGAUCCCGAGCCAACCAUCGAAGUGAAUGGGAAAAAGUACACGGCUCCUCACAUCCUCAUAGCCACGGGAGGGCGCCCGGCCGUCCCUACUGACAGCGAAAUUCCCGGUGCCAGUCUGGGGAUGACCAGUGACGGCUUCUUUGACCUGGAGGAGCUGCCCAGGCGCAGCGUCGUUGUCGGGGCCGGCUACAUCGCGGUGGAGAUGGUGGGGAUCCUCUCCACACUGGGCUCCAAGUCCUCCCUGCUCAUCCGCCACGACAAGGUGCUGCGAACCUUUGACUCCCUGAUCAGCUCCAACUGCACCCAGGAGCUGGAGAACAUCGGGGUGGAUGUCUGGAAGCACACACAGGUCAAGAAGGUCACCAAGUCUCCACGUGGGCUGCUGGAUGUGACGGUGGCCUCGGUGGCACCCGGCCACAAGCCGAGGGAGGAGGUGAUCCGGGACGUGGACUGCCUGCUGUGGGCCGUGGGGCGGGAGCCCAGCUCCGACGGGCUGGGCCUGGACCGAGUGGUGAGAUUGCAGCGCGUCCCCUCCGUCUCCUGCUCCGCGUCUCUGGGUGUCCCACGGGUAUUUGGAAUUCCCCUGGGUCUCCAGAGCCUGUCACAGGUGCCCCAUGAGCCCUCCCAUCCCUGUUGGAGCAUAUGUGGCUGCUGUUUCCCCCGGCAGGGCGUGCGGGUGGACCCCAAGGGCCACGUGCUUGUGGAUGAGUACCAGAACACCACCAGGAAAGGGAUCUAUGCCGUGGGGGAUGUCUGUGGGAGAGCCCUCCUCACGCCAGUGGCCAUCGCGGCUGGCAGGAAGCUGGCCCACAGGCUCUUCGAGGGCAAGCAGGACUCCCGGCUGGACUACGAGAACAUCCCCACGGUCGUCUUCAGCCACCCGCCCAUCGGCACCGUGGGGCUCACUGAAGAGGAGGCCGUGGCCACGCAUGGGAAGGACAACGUGAAGAUCUACAACACAUCCUUCACCCCCUUGUACCACGCUGUCACACAGAGGAAGGUGAAGUGUGUCAUGAAGCUGGUGUGCGCUGGCAAGGAGGAGAAGGUGGUGGGGUUGCACAUGCAAGGACUGGGCUGCGACGAAAUGCUGCAGGGCUUUGCCGUGGCCAUCAAGAUGGGCGCCACCAAGGCCGACCUGGACAACACCGUUGCCAUUCACCCCACUUCUGCCGAGGAGCUGGUGACACUGCGCUGAGCCUGCGGGCGCCGGCGCCCCGGGAAUGGCAAAACUGUCUGCCGUGUUUUCCAAAGUGCCUUUGCCUGCAGGGUGUGGCUGUAAGGUGGCUGUGGCUUGCUGUGGAAUGAGAAGUAAACGCCUUGAUGCUG